AUGUGGCCAUUCUCCCCCCCGUCGUGCGACCUCGAUGCCUGCGCUCCGCCCAGCCCGCACGCCAUCACGGCCGCCUCGCUGCUGUCGGCGCUGCCCUUCGCCGCCGUCUUCCUGGCCGCCAACACCGUCGCCGUGCGCCACAUCUUCCCCAAGCUGAGCCGCGCCGCCCACGACGACGUUCGCGACGGCGAGGACCAUGUGUUGCCGUCCCACGCGCCCGCCGCGCUGCGCCAGGCCCACGCCGAGCACGGCAGCAAGAGCUGGAGGCAGAGGGGCGCCGCCUGGGCGUUUGGCACCACGGUCGGGUUGGCGGCGACGCUGGGCGCCCUCAUCAUGGCCGAGAUCGUCGGCGCCGUGGACGCAGCCGCGAGGAACCUGGCGCUGGCCGUCACGGUGCCGGCGCUGCUCUUCAUGCUGGUCGUGCUGAUACCCUGGUUGGAGUGCCGCAGCCUCGUCGCCAGCGCCGGCUGGAGCUUCCAGCGCACGGCCAGGGGCAAGCUGCCGCGGGUUGCCCUGGGCCUGCAGGCGGCGCUCUUUGGAGGCUGGCUGUUUGUCUUUUGGGCCAUGGGCAGCGUGGUGCCGCGGGCGGAGAUUCUGCUUCGUGCUGUACCGCCGCCGACGGCUGAGCACGGAGGUGACAAGGCGAGGGCUGUGCUGGGCAGUGCGGGCGAGCAUCUGACGAGGGCGUGUCUGGAGCGCAUCGGCGUCGUGGGCAUCUCGCUCAUGGCGCUGCUGUCGGGCUUUGCGUCCGUGUCGGCGCCGUGGCACACGUUUGGCCGGGCGGAGGCGAGGCGGCGCAGGCCGCUGACGGACGCGGACCUGAACCGCAAGCAGGCGGGGCUGGAUGCGACGAGCGAGAUGUUGGCGACGAAGCGGCAUCGGCUGCAGCAGCUGCAGCGCAACGCGGCGGCGCAGGACGCGGGCAGGGGGGGCAAAGGGGGUAAAGGACUGGUCGGGAUGGUGAUGGGGUCGAUGCGCGGGCUUUCGGGCGACGAGGCGGAGAUGCAGACGCUGCGGAUGGAGAUUGCCGGGCUGGAAGCCAUCGAGGCCAAUCUGUCGUCGAACCUGGUGCUGAUGAAGAGCCAGCGCGCGGCGUCGGCACGGGCUUCCACGACUCUGGGCCGCCUCCUGCUGGUGCCGUCGUACGUCUUCAGCGCGUACUGCGUGUACCGCAUCCUGGCGACGGCGCUGACGACGAUCCGGAGGGCGUCCUCGCCGUCGGCGAGCUUCGCGUCGAGCGAUCCCAUCAACCGCUUCCUGGGCCUCUUGGCGCGGCACUGGGACCCGAAGCUGGACCAGAUGGCGUGGGCGCGCAUCAUCAGCUUUGCGCUGAGCGGCGUGAUCCUCGUGGCGAGCGCCAACAGCGCCAUCCAGACGUUCCACCUGUUUGCCAAGUGGACGCCGGGCCUGCUGCGGCAUGCGCAGGCGAACCUCGCGCUGGCGGUGGGCCAGGUCGCGGCUACCUAUGUCAUCUCCGCGAGCCUGCUGCUGCGCAGCCAGCUGCCCAGCGAGGCGAGGUCGGCGGUGGGAGGGGUGCUCAGGGGCGCGCUGACGCCGGCCUUUGUGGACGGAUGGUUUGAGGGGUGGUUCUUGCUGGGGAGCGUGGUGACGGCGCUGGGGAUAUGGCUGGGGGGCAAGAUUGGGGGUGGGAGCGAGGUGGAUUGGGAUUUGGAUGGGUACGGGAUGGAGGAGAUGGGGGCGAAGAGGUCGUGA